AUGGCAAACAUAGAAAAGCCGAAUAACAACACGGGAUUUCCCGGUUUCGACCUGAACUCGUAUUUUGCCAACGACUUCAAUAACAUCAAACAAGAAACGGAAAUGGAAAUGGAAACCGAUAAUUCCCCGGAUUUACCAAUGUCUUCGUCUGCUUCAAGAGAAAACUCAAACACUUUCUCUGUGAUUCAGAGAACCCCGGAUGGGAAAAUCAUCACCACGAAUAAUAACAUGAACUCAAAAAUCAAUAAACAACUGGACAAAUUGCCCGAAAAUUUGAGGCUUAAUGGUAGAACGCCCAGUGGGAAACUAAGAUCGUUUGUUUGCGAGGUUUGUACCAGAGCGUUCGCAAGACAGGAGCAUUUGAAAAGACAUUAUAGGUCCCACACUAACGAGAAACCUUACCCCUGUGGUCUUUGUAACAGGUGCUUCACCAGAAGAGAUUUAUUGAUCAGACACGCUCAAAAGAUUCAUAGUGGUAAUUUGGGUGAAACAAUUUCUCAAAACAAGAAAUCAUCCAGAACAAUCAUCAAGACCCGUAAAAACUCGGCGUCUUCAGUUAAAUUUCAAACCCCUAAUUACGGCACUUCAGAUAAUCUCAAUACGUUGAACUGCGCCGCCAAUACAAGAAGAAAGGCAAAUCCCAGCGCACUGGCAAAACGUAAAUAUUUGAAAAAACUCACCCGCAGAGCCUCCUUUAGUGCUCAGUCUGCUUCAAGUUAUGCCGUAUCGAAUCAAUCCGAAGUGGAUCAACACCAUCCAAAGGAUCGCGUCCAAUUCUCCACACCUGAACUAGUACCAUUGGAUUUGAAAAACCCUGACCUUGACUCCACUUUUGAUGCGAAUUUGAAUCUAGAUUUAGGGCUGAACUUGAAUUCAGGUGUCAACAUGGCAUUGAAUCAUUCCGAUUCCUCCGCUUCUACAAUGAACUUGGAUUACAGAUUGCCCGAAUCCGCAAACAAUUACACAUAUUCCUCUUCCUCGCCAACCGCUGCUUACGUUGGUACUAAUUUGAACUCAAAGAAUGAUUUUUUCAAUGACGCAAAUUUAUUGUCGUCAUCAUACUGGAUAAAAUCUUACAACGAUCAUUUAUUUUCGGUCUCUGAAAGCGACGAGACCUCUCCAAUGAACUCGGAGUCAAAUGAUAGUAAAUUGAUCAUCCCCGGUUUGAAAUCAACUCUCAACCAAUGGAAGGAUUCAAGGUCCUCUUCUUGGACCGCCGCCUUAGAUCAUAAUAAGGACUCUAUUAACACUACCGAUUUUAUCGAUUUUCACGACUUGUUGAAAACUGAUACGUUGGGCAGUGACCCGCUAAAGGCCACCGCAAUUCUGGACGAGUUCGAUAUCUUACACGAUGACAGCGUUAGCGCCACUGCUACUUCAAACGAAAUUGGUCUUUCGCACCUCAACUCAUCUAACUCUCCAAUUUCCCCACACAAGCUGAUUCAGAAGAAUAGAGAGGGAAGCAACGACGAUGUUUUGGUUUCUUUUCAGUUCGGUCAACCUUCCCAUCGUGAAGACGACCUGGACAAAUUGUGUAAUAUGACGAAAGAUGUCCAAGCUAUAUUUAAUCAAUACAUGAAAGGAGAAGAAUCUAAACGGUCCUUGGAUGAUUGUUUGGGAACACCGGAUGGCAAAGAGAAUUCGGAUAGCGGCAAUUAUACUUUUUAUGGCCUAGAUUGCCUAACACUAUCGAAAAUUUCAAGAGCUUUACCAGUGCCCAAUGUAAACGAUGAACAAUCCUCUCAUUCUCCAGAGUCUAAACUCUUUAAUGAACCAUUGAGGAACAUGUGCACCAAAGUGUUAAAAUACUACACCAAGCUCAAUCAUGAUAGUAAUGGAACUCCACUGGACUCGAAUUCAAAUUUGCUGUCCAAAGAAUUGAUAAUGCCAACUACAACGGAACUGAAUGAAUACUUGGACCUUUUCAAAAACAAUUUUCUUCUGCACUUCCCCAUCAUUCAUCCAAGUUUGCUCGACCUGGAUUUGAAAAAUCUACAACAGUAUACUAAUGAAGGUGAGUAUACCGACAUCGAGAACGCCCAAUUUGAUCAGGGUACGGAUAAGGAUUGUAAUUUUGAACACUAUCAACUAUUGUCCAUUUCUAAAAUCGUUUGUCUCCCUCUAUUUAUGGCUACAUUUGGCUCUUUGCAUAAAUUCGGUUAUAAGUCCCAAACAAUUGAGCUGUAUGAGAUGAGUAGAAGAGUUUUGCACACGUUCCUAGAGACUAAGAGACUAUGUCGCAAUAAAGCCAUGAGUGAGAAUCAUCAAAAUAUCUGGCUGAUGCAGUCUUUGAUAUUAAGCUUCAUGUUUGCCUUAGUAGCUGACUAUUUGGAAAAAAUCGAUUCUUCCUUAAUGAAAAGGCAACUGUCGGCACUUUGUUCCACUAUCAGGUCAAACUGUCUGCCGACGAUUUCUGCUAACUCUGAAAAUAGCUUCAACAACAACAAUGAACCUUUAACGUUUGGUUCUUCACUUCAGUACAUUAUUUUUGAAUCAAAAAUCAGAUGUACGCUAAUGGCUUAUAAUUUCUGUCAAUUUUUGAAAUGCUUCUUCCAUAUCAAAUUCGAUUUAUCCAUAAAGGAAAGCGAUGUCGAAACUAUUUAUAUACCCGAUAAUGAGUCGAAGUGGACAAGUGAAUCGAUACUGUUCGACAAGCAUGUUGUACAAAAGGAAAACCUUCAUGAUUUUAGAAACUUCUACUACAGUUUCACAUAUGGACAUCUACAUUCAAUACCAGAGUUUCUAGGGUCGUCAAUGAUUUACUAUGAAUAUGAUUUGAAAAAGGGCACUAAGUCGCAUGUGUUCUUAGAUAGAAUCGAUACGAAAAGGUUGGAGAGAAGUCUGGAUAUUUCUUCGUAUAACAUCGAUAAUGGCAUGACAACAAAUAACAAAGAUAUUACAAUCUUAGUUGACGAUACCAUCAUUUUGAAAAACAACCUAAUGUCGAUGAGAUUCAUCAAACAGAUUGAUCGUUCGUUUACUGAAAAGGUAAGAAAAGGACAAAUCACAAAGAUAUUCGAUUCAUUUUUGAAUUCCAAAAAAUUGAACUUCCUAAAGGAUUCCUCUAUUGAGAUACUGUGUGAGUUUCUAGUCGCUUUGAACUUUUCUAUUCGUAACAUUGCAUAUCUGUACAUUGAAGAAGACACCAGUCUUGACCACCAAGGAACGAACUCUCUAGAGAAGCCAGGUAUUUGUUUAAAUAAACAAGCGCUCUCGGUUUUCAAUUUGCAAGGCUUUUAUUAUAGUUUUAUUUUAAUCAUAAAAUUCUUAUUGGAUUUUGAGGCAACACCCAAUUUCAAAUUACUAAGAAUAUUUAUUGAAUUAAGAAGCCUUGCAAAUUCUAUCAUGUUGCCUAAAUUAUCAAAAUUAUAUCCUCGCGAGUUUUCUGGAUUUCCAGAUGUUGUACUAAUGCAACAACUUCUAAAUAAAGAAAACCAUUUUUGCGGUCCUGAUUUAUCUAGAAGCGAACGUACCAAUAGUUCAUUCACAGGUUUAAAGGCAAAAUUGAACAAGAAGAUUAAUGUCGAAGGCUUGGAAUUGUUUAUUAAUGAAAUCCUGGUAAAUUCUUUCAACGAUACUUCCUUCUUGAAUAUGGAAGAUUCUAUCCGAAACGAGUUUUCUUUUGAUAAUCAAGAGAGGCCAGUUGUAGAUAUGACUCAUCCAGCACACUUUCUAUCAAAUUCGAACUUAGAAAAUGUUAACUGUAAUGGUCUAAACGACUCUCACCAAACGAUUUCUACUUUAAAUCUGUUGCGUUAUGGAGAACAUGAUUCGUCCAGCCAUAAAAUUGGCGUAAAGGGACAAGGUUUUGCUGAAAAGUACCAGUUAUCUUCAAAAUAUGUUACUAUUGCAAAACUGUUUUUCACCAAUGUUAAACAAAACUAUAUUCAUUGCCAUAUGCUGGACAAGAUGGCUGGCGAUUUCCAUACUUUGGAGGAGUAUAUAAAGGAAGUCAGCUGA